CAGUGGCGUUGGGGCUACGUCACCGGCGCGUGCGCUCUCUGCGCGCAGAGGACGGCCCGAGCGGAACGUUACCCGCGCGGCGUCCUGGUGUCCUUGGAGACGGAACCCGGUCCCGGCUGCUGCGAGAGGCCACGACGACAGCGGGGGCCCUGAAAAAGCCAAGAUGCCGUCGAAGGAAAAGGACAAAAAGAAAGGCAAGAGCAAAGACAAAGGCAAAGAUAAAGACAAGAAGAAGAAGAAGCCAGUAAAAGUUGAGGAAUCUGCCGUGGACAGAGCCAAGGCCAAUGCGGCCCUUUGGGAGGCCAGGCUGGAAGUCACAGAACUCUCUAGGAUUGAGUAUCGUGAUACUUCCCGGAGACUGGCAAAAAGUAACGAGAACUUAAAGAAACAGCAGUAUAGAAUGGAGAGAGACACAAUGUCUGUAUUAAGCUACCUGAAGAAGCAGGAUCAGGAGAAAGAUAAUCUGAUUGAAAAAUUGAAACAGCAAUUGAAUGAAACAAAGGAAAAAGCCCAAGAGGAGAAGGAAAAAUUGGAACAAAAAUAUACUGUGCAAAUAAAUGAGCUGGAGGGACAGUUCCAUCAAAAAGCCAAAGAAAUUGGAAUGAUUCAGACAGAGCUCAAAACAAUAAAACAAUUCCAGAAGAGAAAAAUCCAAGUGGAGAAAGAAUUAGAUGAUCUGAAGGAGGAUUUAAGGAACACAGAGCAGAAACAUCAGGAGACUCUUAGAAGAUUGGAAGGCAAAUUUUUUGAAGAAAAGCACCGUCUAGAACAAGAGGCUGAAAAGAAGAUAAUAAUGCUGGCAGAUAGAGCCCACCAUGAAGCUGUUGUGCAAUUGAACAAUGCUGGAAGAACUGUUUUUAAAGAAAAUGUUUAUCUCCAGAAAGCUCUUGCAUACCACCUGAAGGAAGCUGAUGCUCUACAGAAAAACUCCCAGAAGUUGCAAGAGACUCAGACUUUCCUUUUACAGCAAAAGGAGAUCAAUGAUCUGUUGGUUAAGGAAAAGAUAAUGCAACUUACCCAGCAGAGAUCACAAAUCCAAACUCUCCAGAAGAAGGUGGUGAACUUGGAGAAUGCCCUGAGUUGUAUGACCAAAGAGUUUGAGACUGAAGUUUUAAAACUGCAGCAGCAGUCAAUGAUACAGAACCAAGCGGGUCAGGUUGAAAUUUUCAAGCUGCAGCAACUUCUUCAGAUGAAGAACAGGGAAAUGAAUCGAGUGAAGAAGCUGGCCAAGAACAUACUAGACGAGAGAACAGAAGUGGAAAGAUUCUUUUUAGAUGCUCUACAUCAAGUAAAGCAACAGAUCCUAUUUAGCAGGAAGCAUUAUAAACAGGUAGCACAAGCUGCUUUCAACUUUAAAAUGAGAGAGGCAUGUGCAGGAAGAACAGAAUACCCCAAAAUCCGAACAUUUGAUGGCAGAGAGCACAGCACCAAUAGUGUGAACCAGGAUCUUAUGGAGGCCAAUAAAUGGACAGAUUUUCAAGGAAAUGUGGAUAUUGGAGAUUUGACCUGGGAGCAGAAGGAGAAAGUCUUGAGGUUGCUGUUUGCAAAAAUGAAUGGCUUUGUUCCUAGGAAAUACAGCCAGAGUUCUAGACCUCCAGUUCCAGACUAUGUUGUUCCUGAUGAUGGAAAAACACAGGAGUCUGGGGAUGAAAGUAAGCUUCAAGAUCAAACUUUCAUCACCCAGCAAGUGCCAAUCUUUGACUCCUCUGGUGAACUGGUGUUACCCAGUAUUCAGGAAGGAUCACAAGAGUCUGACAUAGGGACCUACUGACAAGCACUGCUGAACAACAUGUGACCUCACAGAAGCUGCUGGCAGACUCUUCCUUGCAGAAUCCUUGUUCCUGUAUGUUCAAGAAGGUCUCUUAGAGGAGAAGAUAUUUUUUUUAAACUUGAAGUUACCUGUUUGCCAUAGAAAUUGGUGUCUCCCCUGAAGGAAGAUCGAGAGCCGGUGAAUGAGAACAUUGGCAAAGGCACUGGAAUGGGGACAUUCACCCCUACCUAGAGCAGAACAGAUCCACAUCAAAUACUAAGAAAAAGACUCAAAUGAAGGAGCUCUCCAUUUAGAAGCACAAAUGCUUGGCAUCAGAGAGACCAAUCUUGUUUUUUUUUCCUUCUACUUUCUUAAAGCCUUUACUUUUGAGACAUGACAGGAAAAUGUCUUACAGGAACACAUGGAAAAGUAGUACAUGAUCACAGUUGAAAGUGAAGACAAGAGAGACCAAUCUUAACUACCCACCUUCCACCCCAUCCUCCAUCACAUGAACUUUUAUUCCUAAGGAAGAAAUGGGGCAUUGAGGGAGAUGACAGGGGCAGUGACUGAUCACUAUUUACCUUUUCCCCUUACACAGGAAACAGUAAAUGGCUACAAGAAUCUCCUAGAAAUUCUGUUCACAGACCUGUCCGACAUCCACCAGGUGGGAAUAUUUCCGAGCAGUGGCUCCAUUGGUGGUGAAGAUGGCAGUUCCAUUUCCAUAUGGGUUGUUGUUCACAAUCUUGAUGGCUUCAUCCAAAGUGCCUGUUUCCAGAACCACAAGAACUGGGCCAAAAAUCUCCUCUUUGUAACAGGUCAUAUUUGGCUGCCAGGAAUGAUGCAUUCAAAAAAGAAGUCAGUAUUUUACGCCUAUUUGGUACUUUAUUAUCCACUGCUUACAUGAACAGCUUUAAUGUUAGUAAUCUCUUUUCAUUUUAAACCACGUAUUAAAAAAAGUCAUUUCUU